AUGGCUGGUGCGGUUGAAGACAUGUACCUCUAUUCUUCCUCCAUAAAAUUGGAGAACAAAAACCGCCACGAAGAUUUCCAACGCAAAAGACAUCACUCGGUCUCUUCUGAUGUAAGUCACCAGCGAAUCCUGACUAGAUCACAAAGCUAUAUAUUUACAGGACGACGCAUCCAGCCCAAAAUCCGCUUCGCCAUCCAUCGACGACGACCGCCGAGCUCAUCACAACGAGCUGGAGCGCCGUAGACGUGACCAUAUUAAAGAUCACUUCGUAAUUCUCAAGGACUCGAUUCCGCUGCUCGAAGGAGAGAAAUCGUCGCGUGCUCUCAUCCUGAAGCGCGCGGUCGAGUACAUCACUGUGAUGCAAUCGCGGCUCAAUGAGAAUCAAAGAAGCAUCGAGGAGCUGCGCCGCAAGAACGAGCUACUUGAGGAGAAAUGUGAGUUGAACCUGGAUUCAGGAUAGAUUAUCAAUAUGAACAUUUCAGUGCGUGAACGUGAGCCAUCGGUCUCUCCGCCUUCUUCCACGAUUCCAUCCCUCGGAGCCACCCCAAUUCCAAUGACUCAACUUACCAUCCCGCAAAUCCAACAGAUCCCACAGAUCCAGCAAAUACAGCAGAUCCAACCUUUGCCCCAACUCCCUCCGACGGCUAAGUAAGUCGCAAAUCCGUUCUAGAUCUAGAUUCUUAUUGCUUUAUUUUUAGUCCACUUGUCCUAUCGACGAUGGACCCUUUCCACCUGAGCAGUCUGAUCGCCUCGAACCAAGACGCCAUCAUCGCCCUCACCCAAUCCCUGGUCGGAACGGUGCCCACGCCGAGCCCGGCUCUUUCGGACACUUCCUCCGUGACGCCGCCAGCAGGAUUAUACCCCACCGCAUUCUCCCCUGUAGACCAAAUAAUGGCUGUCCGGUUUUAA